UCUGAACCUGAUCCUCUGUCUGAAUAACUGCUUUUGUGCUUAGGAUUUCUCUUCUGCUGUGAACACUGAACAAGCGCCAUGGGAGACGUUUUAAUGGCAGAGUUUGGGAAGGCUGCCCCCUUCCUCCGAAAGUCGGACAAAGAGCGCCUCGAAGCUCAAACCAGGGCAUUUGACAUCAAAAUUGAGUGCUUUGUUGUCGAUCCGAAUGUUGAAUAUGUCAAGGGGCAGAUUACCAGCAAAGAGGGGGGAAAAGUGACAGUUAACACUGUGGAAGGCAAAACCGUGACUGUCAAAGAGUCAGAUGUCCACCCUCAGAACCCACCGAAAUUCGACAAGAUCGAGGACAUGGCGAUGUUCACCUUCCUGCACGAGCCUGCCGUGCUGUUCAACCUCAAAGAGCGCUACGCAGCAUGGAUGAUCUACACCUACUCUGGGUUGUUCUGUGUCACAGUGAACCCCUACAAGUGGCUCCCUGUGUAUGAUUCAGAGGUAGUUGCUGCCUACAGAGGCAAGAAGAGAUCAGAAGCGCCCCCACAUAUCUUCUCCAUCUCUGAUAAUGCCUAUCAGUACAUGCUCACUGACAGGGAGAAUCAGUCUGUCCUCAUCACUGGAGAAUCUGGUGCUGGGAAGACUGUCAACACCAAGAGAGUCAUCCAGUAUUUUGCAAGCAUAGCGGCUGCUGGCGGAGCAGUCAAAAAGGAUACCAGUAAAGGCACACUGGAAGAUCAAAUCAUUCAGGCCAACCCUGCACUGGAGGCGUUUGGAAAUGCCAAAACACUGAGGAACGACAACUCAUCGCGCUUUGGGAAAUUCAUCCGUAUUCACUUCGGAACGAGUGGAAAACUUUCCUCUGCUGAUAUUGAGACUUACCUCCUGGAAAAAUCCAGGGUGACCUAUCAGCUCAAGGCUGAGAGGAACUAUCACAUCUUCUAUCAGAUCAUGUCCAAUGAAAAGCCAGAGCUGUUGGAUAUGUUGCUGAUCACCAACAACCCCUAUGAUUACUCCUACGUCUCCCAAGGAGAGAUCACUGUUGCUUCCAUCAACGAUUCAGAGGAACUAAUCGCCACAGACAGUGCCUUUGAUGUGCUUGGCUUCACUGCAGAGGAGAAAAUGGGUGUCUACAAGCUGACCGGGGCUAUAAUGCACUAUGGCAACAUGAAGUUCAAGCAGAAACAGAGAGAAGAACAGGCUGAGCCAGAUGGCCAAGAGUCUGCUGACAAGUCUGCCUACUUGAUGGGGUUAAACUCUGCAGAUCUCCUCAAAGGACUCUGUCACCCCAGGGUCAAGGUAGGCAAUGAAUAUGUCACCAAAGGUCAGAGUGUAGACCAAGUGUAUUAUUCCAUUGGUGCACUGGCUAAGUCAGUAUACGAAAAGAUGUUUAACUGGAUGGUUGUUCGAAUCAACCACUCCCUUGAUACCAAACAGCAUCGUCAGCAUUUCAUAGGAGUGCUGGACAUUGCAGGUUUUGAGAUCUUUGACUUCAACACCUUUGAGCAGUUGUGUAUCAACUUCACUAACGAGAGACUGCAACAGUUUUUCAAUCACCACAUGUUUGUGUUGGAACAAGAGGAGUACAAGAAGGAGGGGAUUGAUUGGGAGUUCAUUGACUUUGGGAUGGACUUGCAAGCCUGCAUUGAUCUAAUUGAAAAGCCCCUUGGUAUCAUGUCUAUUCUAGAGGAAGAAUGCAUGUUUCCUAAAGCAAGCGACCAGACAUUCAAGUCCAAGCUGUAUGACAACCAUCUGGGCAAGUCAAAAAUGUUUGAGAAACCACGUCCCAAAGCAGAUGCUCAUUUUGCUUUGGUCCAUUAUGCUGGCACCGUUGACUACAACAUUGCCGGCUGGCUGGUGAAGAACAAAGAUCCUCUGAAUGAGACUGUGGUGGGACUUUACCAGAAGUCAUCUCUCAAGCUGUUGAGUUAUCUAUUCGCUUACGCAGCAGCUGAAGGUGGAGACAAGGCAGGUGGAAAAGCUGCCAAAAAGAAAGGCUCAUCUUUCCAAACAGUAUCAGCCUUGCACAGGGAAAACCUCAACAAGCUAAUGAAUAACUUGAAGACCACCCACCCUCAUUUUGUCCGUUGCUUGAUCCCUAAUGAGUCCAAGACACCUGGAGCGAUGGACAACUGCCUUGUGAUGCACCAGCUUCGCUGUAACGGUGUGCUGGAGGGCAUUAGGAUCUGCAGGAAAGGCUUCCCAAACAGGGUACUCUAUGGUGACUUUAAACAGAGGUACAGAAUACUAAAUGCCUCAGCAAUCCCUGAGGGUCAGUUCAUGGACAGUAAGAAGAGCGCAGAGAAACUGCUUGGUUCUCUGGACAUCGACCACACGCAGUACAAAUUUGGGCAUACAAAAGUCUUUUUUAAAGCUGGCUUGCUGGGGGUGCUGGAGGAGAUGCGGGAUGAGCAACUCUCCCGCAUUAUCACAAGGAUUCAGGCCAACGCAAGAGGUAUACUUAUGAGAAUUGAGUAUCAGAAGCUUGUGGAACGCAGGGAUGCUCUAAUGGUGAUCCAGUGGAACCUCCGAUCAUUCCUGGGUGUGAAGAACUGGCCUUGGAUGAAGAUGUUCUUCAAGAUUAAGCCCCUCCUAAAGAGCGCAGAGUCUGAGAAAGAGAUGGCAAACAUGAAAGACGAGUUUGGCAAGAUCAAAGAGGCUCUGGAAAAAUCCGAUGCCAGAAGAAAGGAACUGGAGGAGAAGAUGGUGUCAAUUCUCCAAGAGAAGAAUGACUUACUCCUCCAGCUGCAGUCAGAGUCUGACAUUCUGACUGAUUCAGAGGAACGCUGUGAGCAGUUGAUUAAGAGCAAGAUACAGUUAGAGGCAAAAGUGAAGGAAAUGACAGAGAGGAUGGAGGACGAAGAGGAGAUGAAUGCAGACCUCACGGCAAAGAAGCGAAAGUUAGAGGACGAAUGUGCCGAGCUCAAGAAAGACAUUGAUGACCUUGAGCUGACCUUGGCCAAGGUGGAGAAAGAGAAACAUGCCACUGAGAACAAGGUAAAGAAUCUCACUGAGGAAAUGGCUUCUCAGGAUGAAAACAUGAUGAAGCUGACAAAAGAGAAAAGGGCACUUCAGGAGGCACAUCAGCAAACGCUAGAUGACCUUCAGAGUGAGGAGGACAAGGUCAAUACACUCACCAAAGCAAAGAUAAAGCUGGAGCAACAGGUGGACGACAUUGAAGGUUCUCUGGAACAAGAAAAAAAGGUCAGAAUGGACCUAGAACGUAGCAAGAGAAAGCUUGAGGGGGAUCUCAAACUUACCCAAGAGAGUGUGAUGGACUUGGAAAAUGAUAAACAGCAGUUAGAGGAAAAACUAAAGAAGAAAGACUUUGAGAUCAGUGGAUUGAACAGUAAGGUUGAGGAUGAACAGUUGGUGAGUGUACAGCUCCAGAAGAAACUGAAGGAGAAUCAGGCCCGCAUUGAAGAGCUGGAAGAGGAAUUGGAUGCUGAGCGAGCAGCCCGGGCUAAAGUGGAGAAGCAGAGAUCCGAUCUGUCCCGGGAACUGGAGGACAUCAGUGAGCGUCUGGAGGAGGCAGGGGGGGCCACUUGCGCUCAGGUAGAGCUCAACAAGAAGAGAGACUCAGAGUUCCAGAAGCUCCGCAGAGACCUUGAAGAGGCAACCCUUCAACACGAGGCCACCUCUGCCACCCUCAGGAAGAAGCAUGCUGAUAGCGUGGCUGAACUGGGUGAACAGAUUGACAACCUGCAGAGAGUCAAGCAGAAGCUGGAGAAAGAGAAGAGUGAGCUGAAGCUGGAAUUGGAUGACAUGUCUUCAAACAUGGAGAGCGUGGUGAAGGCCAAGGUCAACCUUGAGAAAAUGUGCCGUUCCCUGGAGGACCAGAUGAAUGAGCACAAGACAAGGGCUGAAGAAGCACAAAGAGCCCUGAAUGACUUUUCAGUGCAGAGAGCAAAGCUGCUCACAGAAAACGGAGAGCUUGGAAGGCAGAUGGAGGAAAGGGAAAGCCUGAUUUCCCAGCUCACCAGGGGGAAGAUGUCAUUCACCCAGCAAGCAGAAGACUUGAGGAGACAGCUGGAUGAGGAGGUGAAGGCAAAGAAUGCUCUAGCACAUGCUGUGCAGUCUGCUCGACAUGACUGUGACCUGCUGAGAGAGCAAUUCGAGGAAGAGCAGGAGGCGAAAGCAGAACUGCAGCGAGCCCUCUCCAAAGCCAACACUGAGGUUGCCACCUGGAGGGCAAAGUAUGAGACGGAUGGCAUUCAGAGAACGGAGGAGCUUGAGGAGGCCAAGAAAAAACUGGUACAGAGGCUGCAAGAGGCUGAGGAAGCAGUUGAGGCGGUGAAUGCAAAGUGUUCCUCCCUCGAGAAGACCAAACAUCGUCUUCAGAAUGAGAUUGAAGAUCUAAUGUUGGACCUUGAAAGAGCGAACGCAGCCUCUGCUACCCUGGACAAAAAGCAAAGGUCCUUUGAUAAAGUAAUUUCAGAAUGGAAACAAAAGUUCGAGGAGUCACAGUGUGAGCUUGAGGGCUCACAGAAAGAAGCUCGAUCCCUCAGUACAGAGCUCUUCAAGCUGAAAAACGCCUAUGAGGAAGCACUGGAUCAUCUGGAGACAACCAAGCGAGAAAACAAGAACCUCCAGGAGGAAAUCUCAGACCUGACUGACCAGCUGGGAGAGGGAGGGAAGAGCGUUCAUGAGCUGGAGAAGCUCAGGAAGCAGUUGGAGCAAGAGAAGAGCGACCUGCAGUCCGCCCUGGAAGAGGCAGAAGGUUCUCUGGAGCAUGAGGAGGGCAAGAUCCUGCGAGCACAGUUGGAGUUCAACCAAGUGAAAGCUGACAUUGAGCGCAAGCUGGCAGAGAAGGAUGAGGAGAUGGAGCAGGCCAAGAGGAACUACCAACGAAUGGUGGAGUCUCUUCAGACCAACCUGGAGUCUGAGACAAGGAGCCGCAAUGAGACCUUGAGAAUCAAGAAGAAAAUGGAGGGUGACCUCAAUGAGAUGGAGAUCCAGCUCAGCCAGGCUAACCGGCAAGCUGCAGAUGCCCAGAAGCAGUUGAAGACUGUCCAGGCAUUCCUUAAGGACACUCAGCUUCAGCUGGACGAGUCCAUGCAUGGCAACGACGACCUGAAAGAGAACAUCGCUCUGAUGGAGCGCAGGAACAACUUGAUCCUGGCUGAGCUGGAGGAGCUAAGGGCAGUCUUGGAGCAGACGGAGAGGGGACGCAAGAUGGCUGAGCAGGAGCUGACUGAUGCCACGGAGAGGAUGCAGCUCCUGCAUUCCCAGAACACCGGCCUCCUCAACCAGAAGAAGAAACAAGAGUCCGACCUGCUGCAGCUCCAGACCGAAAUGGAGGAGGUGAUUCAGGAGAGCCGAAAUGCUGAGGAGAAGGCCAAGAAAGCCAUCACUGAUGCAGCCAUGAUGGCAGAGGAACUUAAGAAGGAGCAGGACACCAGCUCCCAUCUGGAGCGCAUGAAGAAGAACAUGGAGCAGACCAUCAAAGACCUGCAGCACCGUCUGGAUGAAGCCGAGCAGGUGGCCAUGAAAGGAGGCAAGAAGCAGGUUCAGAAGAUGGAGUCUCGCAUCCGAGAACUGGAGGGAGAGCUGGAGGCAGAGCAGAAGCGAGGGGUGGAGUCCAUAAAGGGCGUCAGGAAGUAUGAGCGACGCAUCAAGGAGCUCACCUACCAGACAGAGGAGGACAAGAAGAACAUGGCCCGGCUCCAGGAUCUGGUGGACAAGCUUCAGCUGAAGGUGAAAUCGUACAAGCGCUCCACGGAGGAGGCAGAAGAGCAGGCCAACACCAACAUGGCCAAGCUACGCAAACUGCAGCACGAGCUGGAGGAGGCAGAAGAGCGGGCUGACAUAGCAGAGUCCCAGGUCAACAAGUUGCGGGCCAAGACUAGAGAUGGGGUGACCAGCAAGAAAUCCCCAGAUGAGUAAAGAGAUUGUCACAUUACCCACAAAGGACGCCAUGGUCCUACACAGGUGUUUCAAAUGAUUAC